AUGGCGGCGGAAACUAGCGCGGGAAGGCGGCAGCGGCGGCUGCGACAGCUGAAGGGAGGGAGGGAGGGAGGAGGCUGCGGGGAGCUCUCGCGAGACCGCCGGGAGGACGUGUGCGCGUGCGCAAGGCGAGGGGUGGGUAACGGGUGCCCUCGCGAUGGCCCGGAGCGGCGUUGCCUAGGAACCGAGUGCGUGCGGGUGUUGCCAAGGGAACGCAGGAGCCUCCUUCUCCCCCCGGGCGCCAGCCGCGGCUGCCGUUCGUGCUCGUUCGCUCGGAGCCCGCCCCUCCCCUCCCCGCUGGCUUCCUGGCCUUCGGGCUGCCCCCCCCCCCCCCGCACGAUGCCCGUGAGGUCUCCCAGUGUGGUGCAGCCCCAGGACUACAGAGAGGCGGCUUCCCUGGAAAGGAAGAGGCAGGCGGAGCUGCAGCUGCAGAGCCGCUGGUUCAACACCCGGGAGCGACUGAUCGGGGGAGAUUAUAAUGCCUGGGCUGCGCAGGUUCGCGAUCAGAAGAUUCAAGAAGCCACCGAGAAAGGGAAGCACGAAAUGAUCGGAGCGGAGAUGAGACAGAAUGACCACAUCGCCUAUGUCUUGGACCGGCGUCAGCAGAGGGACAGGCGCAAGCUCCAGAGAGCCGUCAGUGAGUUCCGGCAGACCUUCCAGAAGCCCGAGAGUCGCCGGGAGUUUGACCUCUCUGACCCGCUGGCCCUAAAGAAGGACGUUCCGGCCCGCGUGUCCGACCAGGACACCUCGAACACCAUCUCUGGGCUGCAGAUAUUCAUGGGGGAGGACCUGAACUCUAAGGAGAGGAAGAAGGCCCAGGAGGAGCAGAACCGGGAGUGGGCCCUCGAGCAGCAGAGGAUGUGGAACGACGCGCUGGCCGACCACAAAUUCGCAGAGGACAUCUUCACCAAGACCAGGCUGGAAUUUGACCAGAGCGCCAUGAACCUUCAGAAGCUGGAGCUCGCCACUAGACGUGUGGCAUGCGAGACUGUGAAGGAUUUCAACAAAAACCAGAUGCUGGAAGUCACGGAAAGGAAAAGGCACGAGCGCAGACAAGAAGAGGAAGACAACAUGGCGGAGAUCGCCAAUGCCCUGCAGAGCGACUUCCUCUCUGAGAACCCACAGCAGGUGGCCAGCUCGUUGGGGCCACACAGGGUGGUCACGGACAGAUGGAAGGGCAUGAACAAGGAGCAGCUAGACGAGAUCCGGCUGAUUCAGAAGCAGCAGAUCCAGGAGAAGCAGAGGCUGCAAGAGGAGGAGAGGCAGCGGGAUUUCGACUGGGACCGGCAGCGAACUCAGGCAGCCAGAGCCAACCUCCUGUUUGAGAGGCAGCAGCAGCGACUCAACCGGGAGCUCCGCCGGGCCCUGGAUAACAAGAACCUGAACUUGGCUCGAGAACAUAAAGACAUGCAAGAUUAUCUCAAGGAGCAAGUCUACGUUAAUUACCCAACCACACAAUAUUUCACACAGUUUAAUACAACCAGCAAAUAAGGAUGAAGACAUAGCCACUGAUUUUCUGGAUGUCUUGAGAGAACUUGGUUUUGCGUUGAAAAAAUAAAAGCCACAUCUUUGCC